UUCUUAGCGACUUUUGUUGUCUUCUUGGCAGUCAACGUGGUUCUAUCUGCAGCGGCAGGCGCUGCUAUUAGCUGCGACACAAGUGCCGAAGGACUACAGAAUGACAUAUCAAGCUUUAUGUGCCCUCCGGGUUGUGCGUCAUCUUCCACCGCAAACGUCUGGGGUACGGGGCUGUACAGAGAUCUAUCCAGCAUUUGUAGAGCCGCCGUGCAUGACGGGAAGAUAACGGACGACAGAGGAGGACAGGUGGUUGUAGUGAGACAGCCGGCUGGUACCACAUUUACAGGAUCGUCGCAAAAUGGAGUUACGUCACAAACCUAUGAAGGCGGCGAUUUCUCUUGGUCGUUCUCCUUCGAGACAGUUAUUGAAACCCCGACUAUGUGCCCUGAUCCUCCAAACUACGAGGAUGCCCGUCUAUACUCUGGUUCUCCGCCCUAUCUCUAUGGCGAUAAGGCGUCUUAUGUAUGUGAUGGUGACAUGGAAAACCCGGAGACUGGAGAGGGACCGUUCGUUCUGAUUUGCGGGCUGGAUAGGACCUGGAAGGGGGAAAAACCGUUAUGUACAGAUAACAGCCAACCGGACUCACCAUCUCCCAAAACAUCUAUCGGAACUAUUGUCGGAGCUGUCAUUGCCGCACUUGUCCUUAUCAUCGCUGUGUUAAUCGCAAUCAUUAUCAUGAGGCGAAGGUGCCUCGAGAAUGACAGCAAGCUUCAAGACGGAGAAAUAGACGGCGAGGUCCCGGUACACUACAGUGACGUCAUCUACUCCUCUAUCAUCAACAUCCCACCAAACCCUGUGGUGGCCGAUCAGGGAUUGGCUGAACAACCAACCAAUGACAACUCGACAUACGAUCAACCAUCCAAUUACAGCACUGCAGGGAAUCUACUAACCAAUAGGGGACCAGAAUUUCAGUCAGCCAAUAUGGGAGAACUUCCCAUUACAUCAGCCAAUCAGAAUGCACCUUCCGGAGAUGCAGCAGUAGUGGACUGUACUCUGUAUAAUCAGACUGAUCAUACAUACACACCACUGUCACUAAGACACGUUGAGCCAGAAUACACCCAACCCCGGUCUCAUGAUGACGUAGACGAUGACGUAGCUCAUCUCUAUGCGACAGUCUCACAGGACGAAGGCGUGGUGGACAACGUUAUAUACGAGUCAUCCUGUUGCCAAGACAACGAAACCACAUCUGGACAAUGUUGAACAUUAUAGUACAUGUAUAAAAAUGAUCUUG